CUUAAGAUAGACAUAUGUCAAAAAUUAUGUGUUAAAUGUUUCGUUACUAAAUUGAUUUUGUGAGAAUUUAAAAUAGGAAUGCAAUAAUUACGAACAUAAAUCAUGGUCGUUAGACACAUCAUACAAAAAGUAUUGAAAAAUCCGUUAUUAGUAAGUCAAGCCUUCCAAGUGUCAACAUUACUAUGUACUGGAGAUCUCUUAGGUCAGACAGUAGUUCUAAGAAAGCCAAUAAAUGAAAUUGAUUUUAGGCGAACUUUGAAAGUUGGAUUAGUAGGUCUCUUUAUAAUCGGUCCGACAGUUUCAACAUUUUUCAGAGUAUUGGCUGUUACUAUAAGUAAUAAAGAUCCUUACGUUGGUUUGAAAAAAAUGCUGAUAGAUCAAUUAGUAUUUGUACCUUUUAUAUUGAUUCCGCUUUUUGUAACAAGCAUCAAUAUAUUUGUAAAUGGAAAUUCUUGGGAAAAAACGAAAGAGGAAAUAAAAGACAAGUACAAAGAUAUAAUGAAAACUAAUUAUAAAAUAUGGCCAUUUGUGCAAUUCGUAAACUUCAACUAUGUACCAAUAGCCUAUCAGGUACUUGUAACACAAUCUGUAGCCGUUCUUUGGAAUACGUAUUUAACCUGGAAGACUGUACGCAUAAAUAAACCGGAACCUAAGAAGUGAAGAGUAUCUUCGAUGGCAAUUAUUUCAAAUAAAAAUCUGUUUAAUCAAU